UUUCUUCCCAUAAAUCAAAUCACAAAAAUACAUACAUUCAAAUAUUUCUUAAAAACAUUUUAUCUCUCCUCUCAAAAAUGGACACCAAAAUCGGUUCUCUAGACACGUGUAAGCCCACCAACACAAACAUCUGCUGCCCCGCCAAAAACGGCGAUGUCACCACCCUCCAAACCUCCGCACACAACGCCCAACCCAUCGCACCACCAGAAUCCACCCUUGGACGCCACCUUGCACGCCGCCUCGUCCAAAUUGGCGUCAACGACGUCUUCUCUGUUCCUGGUGACUUUAACCUCACCCUCCUUGACCACCUCUUAGCCGAACCAGGCCUCAAGCUUGUCGGCUGCUGUAACGAGCUCAACGCCGGGUAUGCUGCCGAUGGCUACGCUAGAUCCCGCGGUGUCGGUGCCUGCGUUGUUACUUUCACCGUUGGCGGAUUAUCAGUUCUUAACGCUAUUGCUGGGGCCUACUCUGAGAAUCUCCCUGUGAUUUGUAUCGUUGGUGGUCCCAACUCCAAUGAUUAUGGAACCAACAGAGUUCUCCAUCAUACUAUCGGGUUACCCGAUUUUAGCCAAGAGUUGCGGUGCUUUCAAACUGUUACUUGUUUUCAGGCAGUGGUGAAUAAUCUUGAUGAUGCACAUGAAUUGAUCGAUACGGCGGUUUCGACGGCGUUAAAGGAGAGUAAACCGGUAUACAUUAGCGUCGGUUGUAAUUUGCCAGCGAUUCCUCACCCAACGUUUAGCCGGGAGCCUGUUCCAUUUUCACUCUCUCCUAGGUUGAGUAACCCAAUGGGUCUGCAUGCUGCAGUGGAGGCAGCUGCAGAGUUCCUGAACAAGGCUGUGAAGCCUGUUAUGGUCGGUGGGCCUAAAUUGCGGGUUGCAAAGGCUUGUGGCUCAUUUGUUGAUUUAGCUGAUGCAUCUGGAUAUGCAUUGGCAGCGAUGCCCUCAGCCAAAGGCCUAAUUCCAGAGCAUCAUCCCCAUUUCAUCGGCACAUAUUGGGGAGCAGUGAGCACUGCAUUUUGUGCUGAAAUUGUCGAAUCAGCUGACGCAUAUGUGUUUGCCGGCCCAAUUUUCAACGAUUACAGUUCUGUCGGGUAUUCUCUUCUUCUCAAAAGAGAGAAGGCUAUCAUUGUGCAGCCCGAUAGAGUCGUUAUUGGCAACGGCCCUGCAUUUGGGUGUGUUCUGAUGAAGGAUUUCUUGAAAGAGUUGGCCAAAAAGAUUAGGAAAAACACAACUGCAUUUGAAAACUACAGUAGAAUCUUUGUUCCGGAAGGGAAACCUCUCAAGUCUGAGCCUGAAGAGCCACUAAGGGUCAAUGUUCUUUUCCAACAUGUCCAGAAAAUGGUAUCUAGUGACACUGCAGUGAUAGCUGAGACAGGAGAUUCAUGGUUCAAUUGUCAGAAGUUGAAGUUACCUGAAGGAUGCGGGUAUGAAUUCCAGAUGCAAUAUGGAUCAAUUGGGUGGUCUGUUGGUGCAACUCUCGGUUAUGCUCAAGCUGUUCCUGAAAAGAGAGUCCUUGCUUUCAUAGGCGAUGGGAGUUUCCAGGUGACUGCACAAGAUAUAUCAACAAUGCUGCGAUGUGGGCAAAAGACUAUCAUCUUUCUGAUCAACAACGGUGGAUAUACCAUUGAGGUUGAGAUUCAUGACGGUCCAUACAAUGUCAUCAAAAACUGGAACUACACUGCACUUGUCGAGGCUAUUCACAAUGGUGAAGGAAAAUGCUGGACAGCCAAGGUAUUCAAUGAGGAGCAGCUUGUUGAAGCAAUUGAUACGGCAACAGGACCAAAGAAAGACUGUUUAUGCUUCAUCGAGGUGAUAGUGCACAAGGAUGAUACAAGCAAAGAGCUGCUUGAAUGGGGUUCCAGAGUAUCUGCUGCCAACAGUCGUCCCCCAAACCCGCAGUAGACCUGAUCUCAUCACUAGACAAAUAAAAGUUGGAUUUGAGUUUCUCAUUUUGUUUCUGCGAUUUUGCGGUUGCGUCACAAGUUUUGCAACGGAGUUGAUGUUUAGUAGUAAGUAAUCUAGUAGUAGUACUCCUAAACUGCUAAUGCAGAUAUAUGUACAGACCAUCCUUUUUUAUGAUCAAGCCUUUUCCCGUCUUUCUGGACAAA